AUCAACACUCACAAACAAUUGUACAAGCUUAGUGCAGACCUUCACCCUGCACCACCACCACCAUUUAUGGGACAAGAACAAGCAUUUGGCCAACACAUUGUUACAAGAAUGGUAGGCCUAAGAAUGUUGGACUUGUGACUCCAUCGGCAGAACCUAAGCAAAGUUAGACCGUUUUUUUAAAGAUGGAGGAAGACGUAAUGGCAUCGCAGGUACUGGAGAUCAUAUGUGGAUUUUCCGCCGAGACUCUCCAAAACCCAGAACCCGACGGGAGAGAUGUGUGGUCAGCGGAGGAUGGGGAUGACUCCGUGUUCUACAGCGAUGAAGACCAAGCCGAGGAGCACUUUAAAGCAAACAGAUCUCGUGAUACUGGCAGAUGCAGACGCCUUUAUAACAGCGAGGCGACCAGUGUUGACGCUCCACCUUCGGAGAGGAAUGAAGGUGACCUGCCGGUGCUUUGGAGUGAGGCAGAAGAGGCAAGAAGGAAGCCCCGGGCUUUCGAAACGGAGCAAAGGUGUCAAGAAGAUGGAGAUUCAGAGGUGGAGACUCAUGAGCCCGAAAGGCCGGAGGACAGUGCUUUGUCAGAUGAAGAGGAGCAGGGACAGGCUCCAAGCAUUGAACCGUUCCCUGGGGAGAGCGUCUCUAACCAGCUCGGCUCCAGCUCGGAGUCAGAGGAGGAGGACUCUAACAUCAAAGCACCGGCGGACCCCGUUCCUGGCUACUCCACUCUGCCUCUGCCAAAGAAGCGCCCUAACAACCCGGGACAACAGAAGUCCUUCGACCACCUCAUGGCCUCCAAGUACAGCUCCGUCUCCUACCGCAAGAUCCGCCGAGGGAACACCCGGCAGAAGAUCGAGGAGUUCGAGUACAUCAUGAUGAAUUUGUAGUGCAGAA